AUGGCGGACCCAUUUUCGAUCAUUGGCGUGAUUGGCUUCGCAAGCAAGGUCAUCCAAGGUAGUGGCCGACUUGGCCUGGACUGGAAGGAUGCCCCAGCCGAAGCGAAGAGUUUCUUGCAUGAGCUCCAAAGUCUCAAAACGGUCUUAUCCGAGACAAACACGAACCUUAUCCUAAGUCAGGAUUUCGCCGAUGCCUUCCGUGGGCGACAUUCUGCGCUCCUUGCCGAAGUUUGGUCCCCUGGCCUCUGGCACAGACACCAUGGCCAUGAUCUCAGCUUGUCAAGUUGAGCUGCAGAAUCUGUGCGAGGAGCUAGAAAAGCGAGAGCAAGAUCACCGACUCGGUUGGGAGAGACUAAAAGGGGCCUUCCAAGCGUCCAAAACACGAGACGCCGUGGUGGAUCUUCGCCGCAGAUGCCAGGAUCUGAACCAGCUUCUCUCUAUCGAUACGGCCGCGCUCGCAGCAGCUACACUUCAGGAAGUCAGGGAAGGAAGAAAGCAGCAGCAGCAAAUCCAUCAUGCUCAGUAUCACGCACUGAAUCACAUACGCAACAAUGUCGACGAUGAAAAUGCCCGUCGCGAGCGUGAUCGCAUCCUCAACUGGUGCAGCCGGGUCGAUCAUGCUUCCCAACAAAGUGAUUUCUCCAGCAAAAGGCAACCCGGAACUGGAAAGUGGCUUCUGGACACUGACCACUUCAAGACUUGGGUGGCAACCAAGGGACAGAUGCUGUUCUGCCCUGGUAUUCCGGGCGCUGGUAAAACGAUGCUCACGUCGAUUGUCAUCGACCAUCUGACAACUCAGUUCCACGGGGAUCCGAACGUGGGAAUUGCCUAUGUUUACUGCGACUACCGUCAGCAAGACGACCAGAAAGCCGACGACCUCGUCUCUGAUCUACUCAAGCAACUGGUCCAGGGCCUCCCGUCUAUACCACAGGAGGUGAGACCCUUCUACGAAAAACACGACAAACAUCGAACUCGCCCCUCGAUCCACGACCUAUCAACGCUUCUUCAGUCAGUUGCUGCCAUGCACUUGAGGGUGUUUAUCAUUAUUGAUGCUCUCGACGAGUGCCAGACUUUAGAUGGAUGCCAUCACAACUUCCUGACAAAACUCUUUGACCUUCAUACGAAUAACCUUGCAAAUAUCUUUGUGACCUCCAGACGAAUUCCAGACAUUGUGAAGCGGUUUUCUGGCGUUCCCUCGUUGCAGAUCUUUGCAAAAACGGAGGAGAUACAGCAAUAUCUCCAAGGCCAUAUGGGCGAACUGGGUUUCUCUGUGCUGGCCCUAGCUUACGAUCAAGCAAUGGAAAGAAUUAACGGGCAGAUGCCGGGUUUACGCCAGCUUGCCAUACAGGUCCUCUCUUGGAUUGUCUGUGCGAAACGGCCGUUGACAACCACAGAAGUUCAGCAUGCGAUCGCUGUUGAGAUCGGAGAGGAAGAGCUUGAUAUGGACAACAUUACAGCAACAAACGAGGUGCAUACAGCUAGUACAACCUUCUGGAAGUCACCAGGGCGCCCGAACCGUACAACGCGGAGCUAUUUAAUCGACAGUUGAGGAUUUCGCCAAACCCGGCUCUAUGUUGAACUGGGAUGAAGACCACUGGGGAAUCUAAAGCCGAGAUUUAUUUUUCCUUUUCUGAGGGCCCACAUGACAUAGGACCCUUCUUGCAGUGCUUUGGAACAUGUAGUAUAAAAAGGGCGACAGCCCAGUUCUAGAACAAGGGGAACAAUAAUAAUGUACAUUGGGAGCAAUUGAAGCAGUGCUUUGCAGCCCUCCUUUUCGACGAUUGAGUAGCCAUAGGUAGGAUCGUUCUGAUCUGACUAGACGGAGGUUAUAUUCUGUUGACAAGAAGCAGGCGCAAGCUGCUGACGAG